AUGAGCAUGGUAAAGAGCCUGGAGCUGCUGGAGCAGCGGCUGGCUGUGAUGGUGGCUGCCCAGGAGACUUCUCCGGCCUGGUCUUCACUGGGAGAGGAGGGGGGGGCAACCAUGAAGAAGAAGAGCCACGACCAGGAUGAAGCAGACUGCAGGGCAGAGCUGAUCCUCAUCAAUGGGAACUGCACUGACCCCACUGAAGACUCACCCACCCUUCUUCUGGGGGCCAAAGGGAAGACAAGUGCUCCAGAUGCCAGGGGCCUGGGGCUGCCCUCCCUGAAGAACAAGAGGGUCAGCAAGGGAGACCUCUCGAAGGAGGAGCUGUCCUGGCCACUCGCUGUCACGGGGAAGCAGGAGACGCAGCCCCGGGGCAGUGCUGGGUGGGACAGCAGCCUGAGGCAGAAGCCCCCCGAGCGCCUCAUCUUCCAGGCAGGGCAGACCCAGCACGAGAUGAGGAUCAAGGCGACGAACAACGAGGAGGCUCUGAGGGACCUGCGAACUCCCUUGCGGAGCUCCAAGCGUCGCUCGACCACAGCUGUCCCCGUGGCCAUCAUCAACCUGACGGAGGAUGACUCCCUGGACUCGUCCCAGAGCAGCAGCACACUCUCUGGCAGCAGCUCCCAGGAGGGCCAGAACGGCUCUGCCGAGCUGGGGACUGAGGAGCCAGAGAGCAGAGAUGUGGGGACACCACUGGAGUACCAGGAUGGGAAGGAAUUUGGAAUUGGGGAGCUUGUCUGGGGAAAGAUCAAAGGUUUCUGCUGGUGGCCUGCCAUCGUCGUCUCCUACAGAGCCACGGCCAAGCGCCAGGCUGUCUCGGGCAUGCGGUGGGUGCAGUGGUUUGGAGAUGGGAAGUUCUCCGAGGUUUCUGCAGACAAGCUGGUGGGACUGAUGGCCUUUAGGCAGCAUUUCAACUGUUCCACGUUUAAUAAGCUGGUUUCCUACCGACGAGCCAUAUACCAUGCCCUGGAGGUUGCCCGGAGCCGGUCGGGAAAGACGUUUGCAGCCACCCCCAGGGAGUCCCUGGAGGAGCAGCUGAAGCCCAUGAUCGACUGGGCACUCACUGGCUUCAAACCCCUGGGCCUCAAGGGGCUGCGACCACCCAAAGCCUCAGAGAACGGGGCCCUGAGGAACGGGACGGAGGAGGUGCUGUCCCUCGAGCAGUGUCCCCGCACCAAGAGGCUGAAGUCCAACCUCUGCAACAAUGGCAAGGAGCAGCGGGUGGAAGACGACCAGACCCGAGAGCAAAUGGUUUCUGAAGUUACGAACAACAGUGGGAGUCUUGAAGACAGCUGCCUGUCCUGCGGGAGGAGGAACCCGGCCACCUUCCACCCGCUCUUCGAGGGGGGCCUGUGCCAGACCUGCAGGGAUAGAUUCCUGGAGCUCUUCUACAUGUACGACGAGGAUGGCUACCAGUCCUACUGCACUGUCUGCUGCGAGGGGAAGGAGCUGCUGCUCUGCAGCAACGCCAGCUGCUGCAGGUGCUUCUGUGUGGAGUGUCUGGAGGUGCUGGUGGGGCGAGGGACGUCGGCCAAAGCAAAGGAGCAGGAGCCCUGGAACUGCUACAUGUGCCAGCCCCAGAGGAGCUAUGGGGUGCUGCAGCGCCGGCAGGACUGGAACACCCGCCUGCAGGACUUCUUCACCAGUGACAAGGGGCAAGAAUAUGCUGAACCCAAAAUCUACCCAACAGUCCCACCAGCAAACAGGAGACCCAUUCGAGUGCUCUCCUUGUUUGACAGCAUCACAACAGGGUACCUGGUGCUGAAGGACUUGGGUAUCCAAGUGGAGAAGUACAUUGCCUCAGAGAUCUCUGAAGACCCCAUUGCUGUGGGCACCAUGCGGCACGAUGGGAACAUCACCUACGUGCACGAUGUCAGGAACAUAACCAAGAGAAACAUCGAGGAGUGGGGUCCCUUUGACCUGGUGAUAGGUGGAAGCCCCUGUGACGACCUCUCCGUUGUCAAUCCGGCCCGGAAGGCGCUGUAUGGUAAGGCAGGGCUGGGUACCCUGGGGUGUUCCUGCCGUGUGGAACCACCUGGAAGCCCACAGAAGCAGUUCAACCCCAGUCUGGGUUGGUGAUGACUCCCCUCUGGGAUGCAAACCGUGGGUGGCACCUGCAAAGCACAGGGUGUCCCACACCAGCGCGGACCCGUGUCCCUGUGCCACAGCCUCUCCCACCCCACUCUGCUCUCCCUUGCAGAAGGAUCCGGGAGGCUCUUCUUUGAGUUUUACCACCUGCUCAACUUCGCCCGUCCCAAGGCAGGAGAGGAACGCCCCUUCUUCUGGAUGUUUGAGAACGUGGUGGCCAUGAGGGUCAAUGACAAGAGGGACAUCUCUCGGUUUCUGGAGUGUAACCCGGUCAUGGUCAAUGCCAUCAAGAUGUCAGCUGCCCACCGCGCGCGCUACUUCUGGGGCAACCUUCCCGGGAUGAACAGGAUCUUCGGCUUCCCCCUCCACUACACGGACGUCUCCAGCAUCAGCUGCGGGACUCGCCAGAAGCUGCUGGAGAGAUCGUGGAGUGCCCCUGUCAUCCGGCACCUCUUUUCCCCACUCAAGGAUUAUUUUGCCUGUGAAUAA